CGCGGCCUGCAGGGGGCGCUGUGCUGAGGGCGGGGCGGGGCCGGCUCAGGGCGGAGAGCAGCGGCGGCGGCCGAGGCGGCAGCAGCGGCGAUGGAUGCCAUCACUCCCUAUAAGGAGAUCCUCCAGAUGUACUGGGAGAAAGUAACGAGCUUCGUGAAUGCCCGCUGUGAUGGACUGGAGCCCUGGCAGCUGGUUGGGCUGACGUUUUCCUCCACGCUUCUAACUGUAUGGCUGCAUGGCUUCCUCUUCCAGUCCGAGAGUUUAACAUCCCGAACUAAAAAACAGUUCUUCAGACUGCUGAGAAAAAUGCCAUUUGUUGGGGCUAUAAUUCAAAAGAAGAUUGAUGAAGCCUUGAAUGAUGUCACUUCCAGUUUAUCCUUCCUGAAAGAUGAGAAGAAUUAUAUCAAAGUGCUGCCAGAACAAGGCAUGGACCAGCCUGAGGUUCUACAGAAGAUGAAAGAGUACAGCUCAAAAGGAGAUGUACGCUGGGAGGAUGGGAAAGUCUCUGGGACCGUGUACAGCGGUGAAGAGAAACUUACCCGCCUGCUAGUGAAGGUGUAUGAAGAGUUUGCCUGGAGUAAUCCCCUCCAUCCAGAUAUAUUCCCUGGUUUGAGGAAGAUGGAAGCAGAAGUAGUCAGGAUUGCCUGUAGUCUCUUCCAUGGGGGCCCCAGUUCUUGUGGUGCUAUGACAUCUGGGGGAACUGAGAGUAUCCUGAUGGCUUGCAAGGCGUACCGAGACCUGGCUUAUGAGAGAGGCAUCAAACAUCCAGAAAUGUUGGUCCCGGUGAGCGCUCAUGCUGCGUUUGACAAGGCAGCACACUACUUUGGAAUGAAGUUGAUUCAUAUCCCAUUGACCAAGGCUAUGGAAGUGGAUGUUCAGGCAAUGAGGAGAGCUAUUUCGAAGAACACAGCCAUGUUGGUCUGUUCUGCUCCCCAGUUCCCACAUGGAAUUAUGGACCCCAUCGAAGAGGUGGCAGAGCUUGCAGUGAAGUACAAAAUCCCCUUCCAUGUCGAUGCCUGCCUAGGUGGUUUUCUCAUUGUUUUCAUGGAGAAGGCCGGGUUCCCUCUGAAACGUCUGUUUGACUUCCGAGUGAAAGGUGUGACCAGCAUUUCUGCUGAUACCCACAAGUAUGGCUACGCUCCCAAGGGUUCCUCUGUGGUGCUGUACAGCGACAAGAAGUACAGGAGCUACCAGUACUUUGUGGCACCUGACUGGCAAGGGGGCAUAUACGCCUCCCCCUCCAUAGCAGGCUCCAGGGCUGGUGGAAUCAUAGCUGCGUGCUGGGCAACUCUGAUGCACAUGGGGGAGUCGGGCUACGUUGAGGCCACGAAAAGGAUCAUAAAAACAGCUCGCUUCCUUGAAUCAGAGUUGAGAAAAAUUGACAGCAUCUUCAUUUUUGGGAAACCUGAGGUGUCUGUCCUCUCCAUUGGUUCAGACACAUUUGACAUUUAUCGGUUAUCUAAUUUGUUAGCUGCAAAAGGAUGGAACUUGAACAUCUUGCAGUUCCCACCAAGCAUUCAUCUUUGCAUCACACAGUUGCACACGAAGCCUGGUGUGGCUGAGCAGUUCCUGAAAGAUGUCAAAGACAGCAUUGAGGACAUAAUGAAGAAUCUCAACGCCAAGACCACGGGCAUGGGAGCCAUCUAUGGAAUGGCCCAGUCCAUCCCAGACAGGAGCUUGGUAGCAGAGAUUUCCCUGGCAUACUUGGAUGGCCUGUACAGCACGGAUGUUCCUGGCAGUGAAAAGCACAUGAACGGCUCUCCCGGCCACAACUGACUGUAGCACAACAAUUGGUGCCUUGCCAGCUAGCACUGAGGUGGUUCUAAAUGUUUCCUAAGGAAGGAGAUUGCAGUAAGCCUUUGUUCUUAAAGUUGCAGGUCUGAUGGCAGCUUGAUGUCAAACUUUGUUCCUCAUCUUUGUCUGCUCUGAAAUCUGCAUUAUUUUCAUACCCAGCUUUAGUCCUAAGGCUUUUCUUCUCCUCCCCCUGUAUAUUUUCAUCAUGAUUACUGAUGAUGAACUGAAUGUCCAUUCCACAUCUCCAGAUUCCUCAGGUAUUCUGUAUGUCUCUUUGUUCCUUGCUGUUUCUUCUCCUCAGACCGUGUAUUCAGCUGGUGUCCAGCCAAGCCAAGCAUUAGAUUUGAAUUCUCACAUUAUGUUCCAAAGCUUCGCUCUUCCCAGGAGUUGAAGGUAGAAAAUAAAUAGAAAAUUCUGUUUUCUUUUGAGUAUUCCUCCCAACUACUGCAUUUAACAAACUGUACUGGAAGCCUUAUAUAUCUAUGUAGCGCAAAGGAAGGAUGGUCACAUUACUCUUUAAAAUCCCCUCUGGAGACCUGACUGCAGUCAUUAUCUAUUGAGGAAUGGGGAGGGGAGGCCAACACACAAUCCUUUUCUGGAAUCUCUUCAUUUGAAUAACAGCAAAAAUAGAAACCCAGUGGGUGGUAUACAGAGAGGAACUGAACGGUACUGAAAACCUUAGGUACAUAGUAUCUGUUUUACUUCCCUGCCUCUUCUAGAAGACAUGCGUUUACCGCCUAGAGUGCUGUUGCACCUUGCACAGUUCUGGAGGGAUGUGCAAAACAGUGAUUUCGCUGUUGAAACUUGAAGGUUUUGCACUAUCCCACAAUGCUGUAGUUGAGUUGGUCAAGCCCUGGCAUUGAUGAUAGCUAGGGACUUAAUGUGCAAAUGUAUGGCACCAAAGCUGACCUUUUUUUAAACCAUAAUCCUUUAGUAUAACAAGGUGACUUUUGUAAUAGGAAUUAGUAAUUUCUCUGCUCUUUGCACUGAUUCUUUUAAGGCACAUUCUCAAAAGGGCAUUCACCAUUGUGCCUUGAUGCUUCUCUGGCUUUUUAUGGGAUGCCAGGGAGGGUUGGAGGGGUCAGCUGUUGACUGCAAGGUUAGCUGCAGCCAUUUCCUUAUGGUACUAUAUUGAAAACAAAACCUCAAAGGCAGACUGGCCUCAGGUAAACUAUGCUUGCCCAUAAGAUAGAAUGGUAGUGCUAUUGAGCCAAGUCCCUUCACAGUAUUAUAAGGAUGCUGGCAUAGUUCUGAAAGGUAGAAGAUAGGAUGCAGUAAGUUGGAGGUAACAGAGCUUUGGGCAUAUGUCUCACCCUUCCUGUUUUUCUCCACUGUUUUUACUGGAACAGAGCAAUGUGAGGUAGUUGUUGCCUUAAGGAUGAGCUAGAUUCUCUCGAGUUGUUAAACGGGGCUGGAGGGCUUUCCCAUGUGCCUGCUCUCAGCUUUCUGCAAGUUACAUAGAGUUUCCCAGGCAUGGUUCAUCAUUUGGGAGAUCACUGUGCCGUGGCUACAGCAUCUGAAAGCAUCUCUGCCACAGGGGGCUGCUUGGCCCUAACCUGACUCUCACAGGUUCGACAAGCCCAAGCACACACUUGCACAAUAAUUAUGCAGAAUGAGAAGGCUUCUUAACAGCCACCACACACUCAAGUGUAGCCUUUUGCCCAGUGGGGAAGAAUAACUUGCUUUUUAACAGGUUUAUUCUCAGUGCUAGGAGAUGAAGUAUUUUGGCCAUCGCCUGUCAUUGAUGACUCUGUGCAUGACUCUGAGCUCUUCUGGAAACAUCACAUUUGAAUUGUCUGUUGGUGGUGUUACCAGCUCUGGCAUUUAUGUUGGACCUCCUUAUUCUGUUAACAUCUUACUAAUGUGAUCAUUACUGCAUCUCUGAGUUUGCUGUACUGUGGAGAGAGUCUGAAGUGUCUGGCUACUGUGAUGGUUCUCUUUGAACCAACAUUUGGAAAACAUAAAAAGGGAGCUAGUCUUUUUGUUCCUGCGUUCAAAGAUAAUGGGGAAGGAACAGAGUGGGGUGAAGGGGAGGAACUCCUUCCUCUUCCCUGCUUGCCUUCCCCCCAAAGAAGGUUGAUGGAUCUGAUGGAUCAGUGCUCCCUUUCAUAUUUUCCUGUGUAUUUCAAGAUGUUAUUUGUAAAUCACUGUACUCUAUUCUGGAUUCGCCUACUAGUAAUAUUUGUGGGUUUAAUUGUUUAAUAUGUAUUUGUUCUAUAUUGUAAAUGUAAUUUUGUGGUCAACAACAGGCCACUGUAAUUUACUGCUGUGUAGUCUUUAUUCAUCCUUGUUAUCUAACAUGUAAUCUGCAUCUCCUUUGUCAUGCCAAAUGGUUUUAGUGAAAAUUGAGAGUAACAGGUUCAAUAGUUGUUUAAAAGGAAGAAAAAAAAAAUGUGAAAAAGAACAAUUGUAUGGACUGGAUUCUGAUCUGGAAGUGGAUAUGGCUUUAGACCUGGAGGGAUCUUCCCAACUGUUAAUUCCUGUGAGAUUUCCAACUGGCCAGGUUUUCCAAGUGAGACACUAGAUAUACUUGCACAAGGCACUCCUGAAGGAGUUGGGUGCUCAUAAGGUACUAGACUGAAUAAUAUCCGGUGUGAUGGACCAAGAAGAGAUGUCUGUCUUCAUGCCAUGGAUUUCCUCUGCACUUUUCUGAUGACUUAGAAGAGUGGAAGGGUUGCAUACAACACAAUAAUAUAUUGCCCAAUAAACUCGCACUGAAUGUUUUUAAUGAAUGAAUGGGAUCAGUUCCUCUGAUGGCAGUAUUCUGUAUUGCUCUAGUUUGCCAGUGUAAAACUGUAGGCUGAAAUAGCUGACAAGAUGGUGAAGAUGGGCCUAGUUUGUAUUAAAGUGGUGCAUUGAGCUACCUAGGCUUGUUGAACUUUUAUUUUUUCUGCUUUGGUGCUGGUUUGAAUGGAUGGGGACCUGUUGCUCUUGAUCUUUGCUUAUAUUCAACCUAGUCUUUGGCAGGAGAAAUGCUUUAUGAAUUAUGUUAAAUCUGAGCUGCUAUCUUAUUCUGUCAAGAUGAAAGUGGUGUCUGUGACUUCAGCUUGCAUAUGAUGUUGAAGGGUACCGAAAAUUGUAAGUGUUUGAAGAGCUAUGGAUUUUCUCUUACUACUUAUGGAAAUAUUUCUCCCAGGCUGUUUUGCUGAAAAGUACUGUAGGUUUCAUAGCAAAUCCUUCUUGUUGUUCCAAAAAAGCAGCAGUUUGACUGCAGCCUGCAUGAAUGCCAAGACACUGAGUUACUGAAGUGAGGAUCUCGCAGUACCAAAUCCAUCUAAAACAUCUUAUGGGAGGUAUGCCACAGUAAGCAGCCUCUGGCCUGAUGCCUGGCUACUUCUGUCCCUUUUGGUUGUGCUUCCCCUGUGUUUGUGCCUUGGGUAUGAUAGUUGCACUUUAGUUUUUAGCACAAGCAGUUUUUCCAAAUCUGCACUGGCUUCUAAUCAGGCUCUGAAAAUCUCAUUCUCUUUCAGACCCUGUUCGCUUUGAGGUGCGGACCUGGGAAGGCAUGUGCCUCUUCUCCAUGAUGCUUUAUC